GUGGACUGGCCGAUCCCGGACCUGCUUGACUGACGCGGUAGAGUGGCUCUCCCGACACCGCGGAGCCGCGGACGAGCAGGAAGAAGAUGAGCCUGAAGUCUGAACGCCGAGGAAUUCAUGUGGAUCAAUCGGAGCUCCUGUGCAAGAAAGGAUGUGGUUACUACGGCAACUCGGCUUGGCAGGGCUUCUGCUCCAAGUGCUGGAGGGAGGAAUACCACAAAGCCAGGCAGAAGCAGAUUCAGGAGGAUUGGGAACUGGCAGAGCGACUUCAGCGGGAGGAGGAAGAGGCCUUUGCCAGCAGUCAGAGCAGCCAGGGGGCCCAGUCCCUCACAUUUUCCAAGUUUGAAGAAAAGAAAACCAAUGAGAAGACCCGCAAGGUUACCACAGUGAAGAAAUUCUUCAGUGCUUCAUCCAGGGUUGGAUCAAAGAAGGCAGAAAUUCCAGAAGCAAAAGCUCCCAGCCCUUCCAUAAACCGGCAAACCAGCAUUGAAACGGAUAGAGUAUCUAAGGAGUUCAUAGAAUUUCUCAAGACCUACCACAAGACAGGCCAAGAGAUCUAUAAGCAGACCAAGCUGUUUUUGGAAGCAAUGCAUUACAAAAGGGAAUUAAGCAUUGAGGAACAGUCAGAAUUUACUCAGGAUUUUUACCAAAAUGUGGCUGAAAGAAUGCAGACUCGUGGAAAAGUGCCUCCAGAAAGAGUUGAGAAGAUAAUGGAUCAGAUUGAAAAGUACAUCAUGACUCGUCUCUAUAAACACGUGUUCUGUCCGGAAACUACUGAUGAUGAGAAGAAAGAUCUUGCUAUUCAAAAGAGGAUCAGAGCCCUGCACUGGGUCACACCGCAGAUGCUUUGUGUCCCUGUUAACGAAGAGAUUCCAGAAGUGUCCGACAUGGUGGUGAAAGCAAUUACAGAUAUCAUCGAAAUGGAUUCGAAGCGCGUGCCUCGGGACAAGUUGGCCUGCAUCACCAAGUGCAGCAAGCACAUCUUCAAUGCCAUCAGGAUCACCAAGAACGAGCCGGCCUCCGCUGACGACUUCUUGCCCACGCUCAUCUACAUCGUUCUGAAGGGCAACCCCCCACGCCUUCAGUCCAACAUCCAGUACAUCACCCGCUUUUGUAACCCCAGCCGGCUGAUGACGGGUGAGGAUGGCUACUAUUUCACCAACCUGUGCUGCGCCGUGGCUUUCAUUGAGAAACUAGAUGCUCAGUCGUUGAAUUUAAGUCAGGAGGAUUUCGAUCGCUACAUGUCCGGCCAGACGUCUCCCAGGAAGCAAGAAUCUGAGGCCUGGUCUCCAGACGCUUGCUUAGGUGUUAAGCAGAUGUAUAAGAACUUGGAUCUCCUGUCUCAAUUGAAUGAACGACAGGAAAGGAUCAUGAGCGAAGCAAAGAAACUUGAAAAAGACCUCAUAGAUUGGACGGACGGGAUUACAAAAGAGGUUCAAGACAUUGUAGAGAAAUACCCACUUGAAAUUAAGCCCCCAAAUCAGCCGUUAGCCGCUAUUGACUCUGAAAAUGUUGAAAAUGAUAAGCUUCCUCCACCACUGCAACCCCAGGUUUAUGCGGGAUGAUGACAAGUGACACGGAUGGUAUUUAUUCGAGUCUAAAUUAUAGCUACCCCUUGCUACAGUCCACCGACUGGGAUCUAGGAUAUAACUUACUUGCUUAUAAGUGUCAGCAGUUUUAAAGGUACAGUUUUGUGGGGAUUGUUGUGUUGGUUUGUUUUGUUUUGUUUUUCCUGGCAGAGGAAGGUUAGUAAAUAAUAAAAUAUUAUUUAUUUGAGUUACCGAAAUAGAUUCAUUUAAGGCUUGUGUGAAACUUUUAUCAAAAUCUGCUUUUUCUCCAUGAUUUUCCUAUGUGCUUCCUCCAGGGCAUGCACUAUGGUUCGGUUUUGGGUAAAUAAUUGCCUUUUAAAGGAUCAAACGAAUGAUAUAAACUAUAUGCUUGAGGGAAUUCAAUGGUACCACUGUUCGGCCGUUUGAAAUAAUUUUGUAAGUGUAAAGAUAGAUAUAUUGAUAAAUAAAUAUGUAAAAUUGUAAAUAUGUUACCAAAAAAAAAGGAAUGGUGUCUGCUGUGCAUGGCAUUUCAUGUGGUUAUUUUGUUAGUUUAAAAUGAAGUAUACUGAAUGUUUGCCUUGACCCCCAUUUUGUUUGGUUUGCCCACUAACAUGAAUCUGGAAGUGAAUAGACAUACUCCCAUUAAAAUUGUGGCUCCAUUUUUAAUAAACUUUGAAGUCCUCUAUAGCAAGAGAUUAUGACACUAUCGAGGUUCAGAUAAUUUCGAUAGCCACGUAAAGUUGCUGUUCCGUAUAGUGCAUUGAAUACUUUGAACCAUGCUUCUUGCAUCUUUUCCCCCCAUGCAUUCAACAAAUAAGAAAUGAGCUCUUUGAUGUACAGGACCGGGCCCUGGGUAUGAGUUGGAAGGCAGAGGGGUGAAUGGGAGCCUGAUGGUGAGUGUUGGUGGGCCAUCCCUCAGAGCUGUAAAGUGCAGGGUGCCUUCAGCCUCGGUGGUCUGCUUCUGACUUCAUGGACCACCCAGACACGCAUCGUAUAAACCUAGUUCAGGGUUUCUCAAACAGUCCUAUUGACACUUGGGGCCUGAGAGUUUUUUGCUGUGGGGGCUGUGCUGUGCACUUGAUGUCGGUAGCAUUCUCCCUCCCCACUCCCAGUUGUAAAGAAGUGUCUCCAGACAUUGCCAGAUGGUCCCUGGGGGCCACAACUGCUCCCAGUUGAGAAUCACUGAUCUGUUUUGUAAGCAAGGAAUGUUAUCCUCCUGGUAGUUAAUUUGGUAUUACCAAAGAAUACUGCAUUAAAUGCACAGUGUAAUGUUAACUGAUCUCUCAUCCAUGGAGGCGCCACAGCCAUCUGCAGUGUGGGACUUUUCCUGUCGUAAUGGAACCUUUCAUAUGCCAUUAUGAUUCUCCUCCCACUCAGUGACUCCUACAGAUUAUAAGUGUACCUGCGAAAUUGUGAGUGGUUCUGGAACAGUGUCACAUUGCAUGAGCAGUCAAGAAAGGUUCCCUUGCUUUCCCAGCAUCUCCCUAAUACAGUAAAACCUGCGAAAGCCAGAACCUGUGUAAGGCGAAAACCUGUCAGAGAAGGAAAGCACAAAUAUUUUCCCCUAAAACAAGCGAUAAAAAUGUGGUAAGACUGCUCCUGUCAAAGGCGGAAAACUUGUGAGACCCGGGAAAACAAGGCAGUCUCAGUGAGUUCAGCUCUCACAGGUUUCACUGUUGUACACCACAGAUUUGUAGUGGAGUGAUUUUUGCAAUGAAACUAGGGCGGGUAUAACACUUUUUAUCCUUUACUUAGAUCUACUUGAAACAUCUUUCAAGCUCGACACGUCUAGUGUCGUAAAGCUCUGAAGGCCCAAAACCGUUAACUUAGACAGCUGAUCACAGUGAUCGUGUGGGAGGCGAUGAGUUACCAUCCAGUGCUGGGAGAGUUUGUUCCUAGAAUGUCCUGGGCCCAAAUGAUUUUAGUGGGAAGACUUCCUCUUCUUUUUUCUUUAUUUUCUAUGUACUCUUUAGGUGCUAAUCCAGGUACACAUAGUCUUAAUUCUCCUGGAAAUACACAGUUCUUUUAGUUGUACAUUGUAUUUGUUAAAUAAAGUGUACAUAUCAGCCCCACAAAAGCUGGCUUCUUUUGGUUUUUUUGCACAUCUGUAAGUUGCUGAACUGAUUUUUUUUCUAUAUCUCGUAUUAGUCAAAUUGUUCAGAUACAGACUCUUGCCUUAUGUAGAGGAUAGUAUUUCUCUUAAAUCAACAUCAAAACUAUGACCAGAGCUUCCAUUUUCCCAACAAGAAAGCGUUGACAUUUUAUCUACUAUAAAUGUGAUUGGAAUAAAUCUUUGGAACAGAAAUCCUUAUCAAUAAAAGUUCAUGAUUCAUCCCUCUUUCCCAAAUAGUUGAUAUUUGGCUCUUCAUCUUAGGACAGUAUGCAUUAUUAUUAAUAACCUCAUGUUACAAAUGUUUCCUUGUUAAGCCACAUCCAGCACUAUCAUACUUCAUAGUAAAACAUUAGAGACAUUCCAAUUAAAAUUGAGAAGACAAGAAUGUUUGCUGUCACCACAUUUUGCAUUGUUCUGGAAGUUCUAUUCAAAUGGAAAUAAAAGUAGAGAGAAAAGGAGUUAAUAUAAUCAAUAUAGAGAUUAUAUAGCUUGGUGAUUGAGAACACGAACUCUAGAGCUAGAAGGCUUGGGUUAGAAUUUUGACUCUGCCACUUUUUAGCUCUUUGGCCUUGGGCAAGUUACUUAAUCUCUCAGGUUUCAGAUGUCUCAGCUGUGAAAUGGGAAUGGUACCUGCUUCAUGGAAUUGUGAGGAUUGAAUGACUUGGAACAGUAUCUAACAAUGGUAAGUGCUCAAGUGUUAGCUAAAAUUUGUAGAUGAUUUUCUAGAAACCCAAGGAAUUGAUACUAAAACUUAUUAUGUGAGUUGUUGCAAGUCAGCUCCUACUCAUGGUGCCCUUAUAUACAACACAACAAAACGUUGCCCAGUCCUCCACCACCUUUGUGAUCUUUGCUGUGUUUGAGGCCGUUGUUGAGGCUUUUGUUAAAGUUCACUAAAAUGGUGAAAUGUAAAAUGAUAAAAUAGCCAUAAAAAACUGUACAAAAUGACUUUCCUAUAUCAUUACUAACAAGUUAGGAAAUAUA